UUGAAAGUUAUCAAUUAUUACAAUCAAAAUUACCUAAAUGCUAGUGAUGUUAUCACUCUUGUUGAACCAUUAAUAGAAGAUAAAGAGAACAUGGCUGCUUUCAAAUCAUUUAUUAAAUAUGAAGAGGUUGUGUUAGAAACCGAAGCAACUAGAUAUAAAGGAUUAGAAAAGAUAGGAUCAUACAAGAUACUUCCAAUAGAGAUCACUUUAGAUUCCUCUAUACCCCUCUUUAAGGAAGUACUCAACUGUACCUGUGUUUCUGUAUCUACACAUGAGUCGGAAGAUGACACGUAUGUUUUUAGACAUAAAAACCAUUCCGAAGAUCUUCUCACCCGUAUUGUAGAUGAACGAUCGGAGGCUGAUUUAGUUAUGGAUCGCCUAAAGUAUUUAAUCAUUAAACUUGAGGAAAUCUAUGAAUCAGUUGAAGAUGUUGAACUUGCUCCUAACGACAUUCAAAUGUCAGGUUCACUGGUCAAAGAAACAUUGAAGAAUGUGUAUGAUACCAAAUGCCCCGAAAUUCUUGAGUCCAUUCUUAUCAAUCCUAAGAAGGCUAUUCCUGUGGUUCUUAAGAGAUUGAACAAGGUUUUUAGGGAAAAUCUAGAACGAUUACGUGAUUUCAAAAAGUUCUGGCGGGAUAUUGCUGAAGAACAUUAUUACAAGGCCUAUGAUACUAAAGGCGUGCUGUAUCGUUCCCAGGAGAAGAACUAUCUUUCAUUAAGAAACGUUGAAUGCGAGUCUCACAGCCCCUUAUCUUUCGACGUGAAAGAUUUUGAAUUGUUAAGCAAUAUACGAAAUUUUUUUAGUGUUUUUGCUAAAAGUCACGCAUCUAACAGUUUUAGAAAGCCAGCCGUUGAAGCCCAGCUUCAAGUUUUUGAUUCACUCCUUGAGGAACUGUACAAGGAGUCCACAUCUAAAAUAACGAAUUUUAAUACCUAUGCAUUGUACUAUUAUCUUCUCAUGCUUUAUACUCGUCUUGAGGAAAUAAAGAAAUUAAAACUAGAGCCUAUUUCCUCUAAUCCAGUAACUGUGUCUAUCUCUCUUCAGGAAGAAUAUCACAUUGAAGAUCGAUAUGCAGAGAUAUUAAAAGCAGCCGAAGAGCUCAUGAAUAAGCAACUUGAUGCAGAUAGAUUUGAGGAGAUUGUAAGAAGAAUGACUGAUAGUAUGGGAUACAAACUGUAUAAUUUUAAGAAAAUAGUAUCAAAAAUAGAGAGACAGGUUAAUAGUCUUAUUGAGGGAAAUACAGAAGAAGUACAGGAUGAAGAGGGAGAACAAGCCAAUUAUUCCAUAGUAAAAGCCGGAAGUAUUGUAACAAUUCGUAGGGUUGAAGAUAGUGCUAUUGAAGAAGUUUCAACAAAUAAAAAUUGA